AUGAGCUACCGAUGCUAUAGCUCACUGAGCUUUGUUCCCAGACAUGUUCUACCAAGAUUUAACAUUCCCAAAUCCGAUUUCAAAGGCCACCAGGUCAAGGCUAUUAAGAAAUUCAAGAAGCUGUCGCCUGGACUGAACAUGCUAAUAGAACUCAGAGAUAUACGUGCACCGCUUUCAACAAGAAAUGUGAUAUUCGAUAAUAUUUUGAGGAGUAACAGGUCGUUGGAGCGGCUUGUGGUGUAUACGAAGAAAGAUAUGACUAGCGGGAACGCCAAUGGGAAGCAAUACUUUAAGAAACUGUCUCAAUGGCAUGCACAGCUGAAUGAAAAGUUUAUUAUACUUGAUGGUAGGGAUACUAGUGAUGCCAAACAGCUGUUAAAGAUUUUACAGUGGGAAAAUCAUAAGGUAGAGAGCAGAGGGAUGAGACUCCCUCUGGGCUAUAGAGCCUUCAUAGCAGGAAUGCCAAACGUGGGAAAGUCGACCUUGGUUAACACGCUUAGAAGAGUAACAAACCCCAGUUCUAGUGGCACUAAGUUCAAGAAGGUCGCCAGAACUGGAUCAGAAGCAGGUGUUACUCGAAGUACUAGUGAAGUUAUCAGACUGAUGCCUACUACCAACAAUUCCAGCCCAAUUUACCUUAUAGAUUCCCCGGGAGUUGGACUACCUGGACGACUCACUAACCAGAAUCGUAUGUUGACUUUGUCUAUGUGCGGUGCAGUAAAGACAAGUCUAAUAGAACCCGUCAUACAGGCUGACUAUUUAUUAUAUUUAAUGAAUUUACAAAAUCCAUUACCAGGAGCCGAAUGGUACCCAAAAUAUAAAUCAGAACCAACAAAUGAUAUUUAUGAGGUACUAAGGAGAUUAGCUAAGAAUAAGGAAUCGUUUGAUGAAAACGUAGUUGCCACUAAUUGGGUCAACAAAUGGAGACUAGACUCGAAGAAUCUUUUAUUUGACGUGGAAACGUUACUCCCAGCAGAUGCCUUUUCUUAUAGGGACUAUGUUGAUAAACAACUUGAGGAGCUCGGUGAAUUGACAUUUCUCAGGGAAAGACAAUAA